AUGGAUGCGAAGAAAGAUGAGGAUGGAAGAUCGAAUCCUGGGAUCAUGCCGACGGCGGAUGAGGCCGCGUCUGCUGCCCCGGGUACCUCUGCGUCACCUAGCGGGGAAAAGGAUUCGAAUCUGGAUGACAUGUUUGCCCAUCUGGAGCUGAACGAAGAUGAGCUAGGUGAUGUUGUGAUUGGGGCAGAAGAAGCAAAAGAGUAUCACCAAGCAGCCCGAUGGCUUGCAAUUGUCAAGGUGAUUGAGGAGAGUGAAAAUGACCCAAGUGCUAGGAAGAAACUACAGAUGAAUCUGAUUGAGGAUAGUAGUGAAAAUAGCAUGGAGGAUGAUCCCAGAGUGGGUGAUACACCUCCCCUCCCUCCCCCGUAUGUGAAAACAAAAGAUUUGAAGAAAGCAAGGUUGUCUCACAAUAUGGAUACUGAAAGUGAAAAUUUGGCACCAACGGCGACACCCCUCGAGGGUGAGGGUUCUGGUGGUGGUAUUGCACUCUACGAUGUAGAAGGGAUUACGGUGGAGCUUCUGUCAUUCAGUGAGCGCCAUAUUGAUGCCCAUAUCAGUGGAGGGCCAUACGAAACUAAAUGGCGAGUGGGAGCAGUGCAGAAGUUUUUCUCAAACGGUGUCAUGCCUGAGGAGGUAAAUGAAAUAGAGAUUGUUCUUAUUCCGAAGAAAGAUAACCCGGAGGAGAUUAAAGACUUCCGGCCCAUCAGUUUAUGUAAUGUUGUUUUCAAAGUGGUAUCAAAAUGUUUGGUCAACCGGCUGCGUCCGCUGCUCCAGGGUAUUAUCUCGCCGACUCAAAGUGCUUUUAUCCCGGGGCGGCUUAUCACUGACAAUGCCUUUGUCACUUUCGAAUGCAUUCACUCAAUUCAAACUGGUUAUGUUGCUCGCAAGAAAUUUUGUGCGUAUAAGUUGGAUAUGGCCAAGGCUUAUGACCGCGUGGACUGGAGGUUUCUAGAAGGGGUUUUAGCGAAGUUGGGCUUUCAUAGCAAGUGGAUUCAGUGGGUGAUGGCUUGUAUUUCCACUGUUCGAUACUCUGUUCGCUUUAACGGAAAUACGUUGGACCCUAUCACUCCUACGCGUGGACUACGCCAAGGUGAUCCCCUCUCGCCGUACUUGUUCUUGUUUGUAGCCGACGGUUUAUCUAGCCUGAUUAAGAAGGAGAUCGAAGAUAAUAGCCUCCUGGAGCUCCGCCUAAGUAGAAGGGGACCUGGCGUGUCUCACCUCUUAUUUGCCGAUGAUUGUCUUCUGUUCUUUGAAGGUUCUAUCAACCAAGCUGAAAUAAUCCAAACCAUCAUGGACCGUUAUGAGCGCAGUACUGGCCAGCUGGUUAGCCUUGGAAAAUGUUCCAUUCUCUAUGGCGAUAAGGUACCUAUUGAUACUCAGAAGGAUAUAAAGAACAUCUUGAAAUAUGAUACACAUUGCUUUGAGGAGAAAUACCUUGGUCUUCCGGUCCCUGAAGGAAGGCUGAAGAGAGGAAAACAUCAACCAAUAAAAGAGAGAUUUGCAAAAAAAGCAAAUGACUGGGUGGAAAAAUAUAUGUCUAGUGCGGCUAAGGAAAUUCUAGUUAAGGCAGUACUUCAGUCCCUACCUACAUAUGCUAUGGGUAUUUUUAAAUUUCCUGUGGGUCUUAUAGAGGACCUAUCAAAGACUGUUCGUGACUUUUGGUGGGGAGACGAGGAUAAUCGGCGGCGUAUGCACUGGAUGUCGUGGGAGAAGAUGACCCGGCCAAAACACCAAGGUGGUAUGGGAUUCCGUGACCUGGGAGUUUUUAACCAAGCUCUUUUAGCUUGCCAAGCCUGGAGGUUAAUUCAAUACCCAAAUAGCCUCUGUGCCAGUGUUCUGAAGGCAAAGUAUUAUCCCUCGGGAAACCUCCUUGACACUGCAUUUGUUCAUAAUACUUCCCAGUCAUGGCAAGGAGUUAUGCAUGGUCUCGAGCUCUUGAAAAAAGGUGUGAUAUGGAGGAUAGGGUCCGGGUCUCAGGUCAAGAUUUUUAGAGACAAUUGGCUUCCCCGUCCGGAUGCUCCCUGUGUGUCUCGAAGGCUUGGAAAUAAUCGCCGACGAUGGGUUGCUGAGCUCAUCGAUCCAGUUACAAGGUCGUGGGAUGAAGCUCUGGUCCGUGCAUGCUGCCCUCGUCUAGAUGCAGAUAUUAUUCUCACCAUUAAACUCCCAUCUAGGCAGUGUGAGGACUUUGUUGCGUGGAUGCCUGAGAGCAAUGGUACGUUCUCCGUCAGAUCAGCUUAUAGACUUGGGAUGACCGAAUCUUAUUCUAGACUCAGUGGUGACCAGUCUAGCACUGAACCUUUUGGUGAUAGAGGCAUUUGGAAUGUUAUUUGGAAAGCAAAAGUUCCUCAGAAAUUGAAAAUCUUUGCAUGGAAGGCAGCAACGGCUACCCUUGCGGUUAAAUCAAAUCUUCAUCGAAGGGUGCCGUCGGCUGAUCCGAUUUGCUCCAUUUGUGGUAGGGAAGUAGAGGAUGGGCAUCAUGCUUUGAUCCGAUGCACGAUUGCUAGAGCUCUACGGGAUCAAUUGAGAGAAGUCUGGCAGCUCCCUCCCGAGGCUGCGUUCUGUUAUUCAGGUUCAGAGUGGAUGCUUAAUCUACUUCAUAGUGUCCAUAGUGAGAUGCGUGCAAAGGUGAUUUUUCUCCUCUGGCGUGUGUGGCAUCAUCGGAACAACAUUGUUCAUGGAGAUGGCAAAGCGUCAGUUUCUGCGUCGGUCCCUUAUCUGGUGAAUUACCUGGAGACUUUCUCUACUGUCUCGGAUCCAAAGGUGGAUGUCAAGGGCUAG